AUGCUCCGCCGGCCCGCGACCACCCUCGCCAUUACGGCCGAGGACAUCGCCGCCUACGAGGACCGCCGCGCGCGCGAGGACAUGCUCCGCGAGCGGCAGGUCCUCGUGCAGGCUCAGCAGGCCCAGCAGCAGGCUCAGCAGCAGCGGAUCCUCCAGCAGCAGUCUCAGUCCCAGCAGCCCUUCUCUUCCCCACAGCCACUCCAACAGCAACGAAACACGCCGGCGCAGCUCCAACAGAUGCAACGCCUCCGGCAGCAGCAGCAGCAGCAGCAGCAGCUCGAUGAUGAGAGCAUGGUCACGGCCGAGGGCGAUGACGAGGACGAGAGCCUGGACGAGUACGAGCUGCUGAGGAGGCAGCAGGAGAUGAUGAGGGCGCAGAGGGCGCAGCAGCAGCCCGGGACAGCCGGCGCGAUGCAGACGACGCCUACGCCUGGGGAUGGGGGCCGUGGGGGGAGGACGAGGGAAGAGAGGAUCGGGGUCGGGCGGCGCGGGAGGUGA